AUGCAAAUUGUGGGAGUCGUCGAACUGAUUUCUGGGACAGCCCUUGUGCUUGGGACCCUUCCAUCACAAAAGAUUGCUUGUGUUGGCCUCAUGUGUAUGAUGGCUCUCACUUCUUACAGCCAAAUGAUUCUGCGUGACUUUGGCAGUGUAUGUUUGAUAUUUCAAAUAAUUAUUCGCCCUAGACCGUCAUGCCAGCCGGAUACAUUUUUCUCCUACUAUGGCUUUACGCCUCCCUCACACGUUCGGAAAUUCAGCUGAAGUCGAAGGUGUCCUGACUUCUAUCCAAUUGUUGGUCUCUUCGGCCAAAUGGCAUUUACUUUGUAUCAACACUGCGAUGUUACUAGACAAUUGUUGUUUUGCACGAGUCUGAUUGGAUGUUUACUACUCAGGCAACUUCUGUCGCUUUCAGUCCCUCAUUGAAGUUUACUAUGUAACCACGUCUUUGUGAGAGUGCUUGCCAGUGGCCACUUAAGGACCUGCCGUCCCUUUCACCGGCUAACUCCUAACGGACGACUUUUGAUUCUGCCAUUUUGGUGGAUCGCGAUUCUCCCGGCUGCUUUGUAAACUUUUGUUCAUAGCACUAUGACUUCUCCUGAACGCUAUGUACCUAUUUCAAUCCUUCGUGUUUCAGUAGGAUGUUUUCAUUCUGUUUUCAGUUGUUUUAUCGGAUCGCACUAAGCAUUGUUUCACACACGGUUUACAUUCUGUGGUUUAUUGCUCUGGUUGAAAGUGCAUACUAGCCGUCCGAUUCCGCUAUCCAUGAGCACGCCCUUGCCGUUCUUGCAGUUGUACCUCUACUGAAAGUACACCUUCGAAAAAUCCAUUGGGUGUGGGUCUGACUAGUAUUUCAAGCAUACGACUGUUGCCAUACCGGAGAUGGGACGACAAGAUCGUCUUCGUGACUUUCCUCCCAAUGGGUUUGAGGAGGAGAGUGCAAUAUGGCUUUCCAUUAGUGAUAUGAGUUCUAAUUAACAAAUGGGCUUUUAAAGACGAACCUACUCCAUUUUAAAAAUUUGAUCAAACCUUAUCUAGAGAUGACGCUUUGUGAGCAGGUUUUCUUCACAAGAAAACGAAAUUGAAACUUGUUCGCCAGACAGGUCAAAUGGUUGUCCAGAAUUCCUUAUUUGAGUCGCAGUCAUUUAUUCUUUCUCUUGCAGUCGCUCACAUUUAAAAGUCGUUAUUUGCACCUUAGUUUGCCAUAAGAUUAUGUCGUUUCUGUCUGUAGCAGCCCUGGUGGGUUGCUCCUCGACGCCGACCUCUACAGUUGUUGCUGCCUUACCGUGUAAUUAUUUUACGUUUCUCAAAGUUCUAGGCCGUUUAUCUUGAGCAUCCAUGUCACUCUCAGACUACUUAGUCUCUUUCUCCCACUCCGGACCCCCUUGCUGAAUUCGGAAUUAUAAAUUGCUAUGGCCCAGGAUGUGCAACCUAAAAGUACUUUGGGCUAAUUUCAGAGUCAAAGGAUACUUUGCGCCGGUCUGUCUUCAACUUUGUCGGUCAGUUACACAGGUGUAGUUAAGUAGAGUUGCAAGUUUUGCUAGCAGUCUCCAUAGUUGGUAGCGACCGUGCUAUGAGCGGCCUCCCUUAUCCAGACGCGUUUUAGGAAGAACUGCCGUCGAGCGUGGAGGUUUAAAAUCUCUUCUACAGUUUUAUGCAUGUCUUGAAUCAUGAGUGAAGUGGUUUUAGGUUAAGGUUGUGCUGUACGUAGCGAAGUAUAGCUUUAUCGUAAUGGUUAAUCUGUUAUCUUCUGUUGGAUUGCAAUCAGUCUUGCCAGCGUUUUAAAUGCUGGUUAAUAACUGAUAAAAGUAUAUCCGCUUGUUAUAUGUUCAAUACUUGGCUUAUUUUUGAUGGUCAUAUGAAUUGUGGCAACCGUAUUUCUCUAGCUGAAUUCACUUACCAAAUGUCUAAGUGCUUUGGUGACCUAGAAGAUUCAGGUGAUGCCCAGACUUUGGUAGUCGGCCGUCUACUUUUGAUUGAAAACUGAUAGAAGACAACUUUUUGAUAUCAGCCAAGGCUGUCAUACUCCUUUUGUGUGUGACACACUGCAUCAACGGCGUUUUGGGGACAGACUGUUUCGUGUGAAAACGCGAACGGCUGCUAGUUUACCAAGAUGUGCGUGCGCUGUGAUCCGGACACACAUAGGCGUCACGCCAGUCGGUCGACCCGCACGGCUCAGAUGCACACUCGCGGACGUGUAUGGGAGACAAGGGCGGACUGGGCCAUCCAUGAGGGCGAACUGUCGAGUUAAUCCUCGUCUAAACUGGGAUCCUUUGUCGUGGAUCGAUGGUGGAGAGUUAGUUUAAGCCUAAAAGGACGCGAGCAACAAUACAGUCUGGCAAGAGAUCACGAAGCCCAUUCUGUAGUAUGCGGAUGGUAGGAGUGAUCGAGAUGGGGGAAAGGUAUUAGAGGAACAGUGGAUUACAUGGCGCAUCCAAAGAGAUCUCGAGGACGGCAGCCUUGUGCUGGCAAACUCCGACGAACGUGUCUUGUUCAAUCGUCGGCUACAGAACGCAUUCAUUUUCUGGAAGACCAUCCGGAAGGAUUCGUCGCGUGGUGUCUGCGGUUACUUUUGUAUUGGAUCACAGCGGGGAAGAGACGAACAUGGCACGUGUGACAUUUUUGAGCCCAAGAUUCGGAGGAGGGUUGAGCGCAGGGGGGUAUCCGCACAAAUUUUGGAAGCUAUACUCGAGAUUCACAAAAAUUUAAUCGUUGAAAUCACCAUGUUCGGUACGCGGGCGGUGGUCCAGAAAACGAGUUCCCGGGCGUAACAGUAGAGGUCCGAAUUCGGAACUGAGUAGAUCCAAAGGAGUGCCACUGGGAGGUAAUCUGUGCAGAUAUUUGUGGUGUGUCAAGUCUCCUGGAAGUAACAGUAGAGCCGCAUGAACAGUACGUUGGUAGCCGUGUAGAAGGCGAUUUUUCGGAUUUAAAUGCAUUUAAAAACUCGAGUGGGGAUUAGAGGGAGUGCGUUAGAACUGGGCAUUGCAAUUAGUGACUGCGUUUGAAAGGACAGUGAUAACACGUAAGCCAGAGGGGACGACCUUGACUACUAUGGUAGCCAUAUUGGCUUAGGCCAGCGACUGAGCCGGUCGACGCGGAUCAUUAGCUAGCUGCAACCACUGAAGCGACGGUGUGCUUACAUGUCCAGGUGAUUCAAGUGCUAGUGUCGGGUUUUGGCUUGUAGCUUUCGCAAACGUCCCAAUGGCAGCUGAGGCGCGCCAUUCCACAAGUAUUGACACCAUCAUGCGUUUGAGUCCACACAAACCCGUCGACGGGAAGCAUUUCCGCCGCUCUUGUCCCUGGAUGGACGAGUGCACUAAAGCAAAGCAGGAAGUAAUAGGGAACUGUGGGAAACGGGUGGAGAGUUCAUAGGGGACUUACUGUCACCAGAGACAUCGUUAUAACUUACACGCCGAGUUCGUCUCGGAAGAGACAGUCCACGCUCACUGCGAAAAAAUCGCAAGGAAACCCGACUGACUUGGUUUGAGUGCACUCUUUGUCGUUCGUCUCUUUAAGUCAGCGUUUCUGUCAUCACCAUCGCACCGAAGAGGAGGCCAGUCUGAAACCUGGCUCGACACAGUUCUUCAAGCCAUGGAAGUGAUAUAUUGACUUUCUAUAUUCGACCUCUUGUCGUUGGAGGAGAGAAUGAGCCGAGCUCACGAGAUCCUCUCCCGCGCAUCGUCAUGUAUGAAGCGAAUAUAUGGCCUCAUGAGUAAACGUAACAAUGGACGUCCUUGACCUUUUAUUACGCAUUUAUUCAUUGAUAUUUUGGCAGAUUUUGAAUAAUUCAUAUUGACCCAACUGUGAAAAACUCGGUGCCUCGGUGGGAUUCGAACCCACGCAGUAAGGGGGAAGGCAUUAGUACAGCCUACGCUCUAACCACCUGAGCUACGAGGCCCCACCGGACGACGCGACCCUUACUGCGUGGGUUCGAAUCCCACCGAGGCGCCGAGUUUUUCACAGUUGGGUCAAUAUGAAUUACGCAUUUAUGUCAAUUUCAUAACUAACUGGUAUCCCAAAAAAUGGGUUUUUGCUGUCCUAUACUAGGCUAGCAAUGUUUUAUGGAGAAACUAAAAUCAACCCCGCAGCGGUUAGCAAUCGGUAAUGACUGCGGCUCUCAAAUUCAUCGGAUGUGUGAAAAGCAUGAAUUUCGACGAAAUGACUGUAUUCUCACUAGUUGUUUCUUGAACAACGCGUCUUUUGCAGAAAACAUAAAUUAUGCCUGCUCAAUGAUAGGGAACGCUGAGUAUGAGAGUUUUUUCAACCUUCGUGUUGACCGUAUUGUCACUAAUCGACAUAACAAGACAGCUUUCUAGACAGACAGAUUAGCCGGACAUUUAUUCAGGCCCGACCAACAUGUUUGUGUUGAACCUAGGAAAAUCCCAAGUAGGGUAAUCUAUAACUAAGGUAAGACUGUGUGACCUGUCUGUUAUAGAUACCAUACCGAUUGUGGAUAGCAGAAAAUCGGAGUAGCUUUGUCUUCGAAGGCAGGCAUCAGGUUGGAAGUGCACUUUCGCGUUCGUCGUUACUUUCUCACUUAUCAUUUCUCGUCCUUCGACCUGACGAGCUAAUCAGACUAAUUACAUGAAAUACCGUUUCACUGCUGCCGAAGUUUCCGAUUUACUGUGCAACCAGUAGACAAUUUUCUUUGUGCUCAUAUGAAUAGUAUAUUUUUUCAGCUAGUUAUGAAGUCAGCUCCAUUAGGUUCGGCAAACUUAGAGCAGAGGUCAUUUGAUGCCGAUCAUGCGGUGACAGAUUUUCUGCUACCUUCAAUUUCGUUCAUUGAGGGGAAACAUCCUAUCUAUGAUUUAAGAUUGAGGGUUGUACACAGGAAAAGUAACUGUUUUCGAAGAAGUCACAUGAAGUCAGUGAUAUUUCGAGCAUGAAUAUUGGCAUUGCCUUACCCUUGAUCAAGGGUGGGCUACUCUGUCACCGUUAAGGUCCCUUAUAGAACGAAAAUCUGUCAAGGCUCUUUCUAGAGCUUUCCACCGAUGGUGACACAACGACAUCUGCUGAGAAACCAUCCCGUGGUUUACUCACUGAGACGUGGUAGGAUGGCUUCCGGAAAUCCAGUUGUGCAUGUUGAACUCGAAGUUUUGAUAGGUGACCUGAAAGGCUGUCGAUGGUGGUGAAUUCAAAGGAAUUGCUGAAAGCGCGGCUGCGAUCUAAGCCGUUUACAAUGCGCAGUGCUUGCAAAAGAUCUCCACCGGUUCAAACAAUGUGAAUGUGUGCAGUCUGAGCGCUACCAUAAUCAGGGCAAAUCCCAUGUUGGAAGGAGGAAACGGAAGGCACCAGAAUGAGGGGUUUAAUGUAUACAGAACUCAGAGUUGUCCUCUCAGGCGACAGUAGCCACAGGCGAAGCCAGGGCUGGUGUUUACUGCGUCCAGUCAGCCCUGAGAAUCUCUGGGACGGUGAGGGUAGCCGCUUUUGUAGGCUCGUGGACCAAGCUCAAGUGGUAUUCAGUCAGUGUUUGUUGCAUUUGCCGAGGGGUGGUGUCCCAGUGGCUAAGUUGUGGUUGCGGGGGAGCGGUGCGUUCAAGUGGCCUCGUGGGUAGCUGCGGCUGUGCGGACGCAGGUAUGCCCGAGCUGUCGGCCGUGUGACUUCAGGUAAACGCGUCUGAAACGGCUCACUGCAAAAAGUGUGAAUGAUCUUGAGACAGCGAGGUCUUGAACAAUGACGCCAGACCGUUCAUGAUGGCUGCCCGCCACAAAAUCCAAGGGGAGACUUAUGUUUUGUUGGGUGAGUUACAUAAGUCAACGAGCCUUAACGACUGGCCUUCUUGGUGGUCUUUCUUUGGAUUCUUUCUAAGGACCUGAUUUUAAAUUGUUCAAUGUUUUCGGGCUUGGAUUACAUGCACCAAAUUCAGUUUCACAUCACCGUCCUUUGAGGUUGUUGCGUCAAGUAAAUGGGUUCUUUCAACUACAGAUCUGGCUAGAUCACAGAAGUCAACGGCAGCAACAUUCGUUCAGCCGAUUUAGGUCAGCCUGCAAUUUACUAACAGCGCUACAGGCGACAUUCCAACUGUUCAGUCAUCCUCAAGCAUUGUUUUUUCACAGUACCGAUGUCCUACACAGUCGUAGAGGAUCUUUCUUCCGGAAGCCCUGUAUGUAGUUCUGUAGCGGGGUGUUGAUCACUAGAAUUUUCUGUAAGUUACCAUUUAUGAUUCUCCGAAUGACUUUGCGGAGUGUACACUUCAAACCUAUUAUCGAGCUCUUUGGGUGCGUAUCAAUAAGACUAUUAAUAUUAUUAUUAUGAGCCGGUGUUCGGUUUGGCGGAUUGACAACCAAAAACUAGUGUUGUCGAUGCUACCUGGUGUUUUGUCAAAAUUAUACCCAAGAAAUUGGCUUUUUUUUGUUUACAUGUCAUGCUGGGAAUCAUAACACUGGUUUAAGAAGUGCUCCACUAAAUUGCUGGUGCGCUGCAGUCAUCCAUGGUCGUGGCACUAGACCAGAUGCAGAAUUUCAUGAUGCAGAGUGAGGACCUUGAAAAUGAGCUCUGGAGUGUAUGUCGAUGUUUGAUAUUAUAUCACACCUACUUAUCAGUUAACAGUAAGCACACUUCGCGAUAAUAAGCAGGAGGCAGCUAAGAAAGGGGACGCGAUCGCUGGAACAUGAAUUUUAUCCAACUGACGCUUUGGAUUCACGCUCGAUCGCUUACUCGGGAUCUGCAAGAGAAAGGGAUACUGGACUCGGCGGGGUCUGGUAUUUAAGGAUACAUCUGCUAUGCAAACAUUCGGUUGAGCCGUGGGGUCUGACCUCAGUCGAACUUAAUGGCCGGAUCUAGCACUGGAAGUCGUCACCCCUCACAGUUCGCAGAUCACUACGACCCAGUGUCGAACAGCAUGCUGUAAGGCAACUCAAGCUUGAUAAGGAGAUUGUUACGGCACCCACGGAAACGAGCAUUUCACCAUGUAUUGACAAAGAUGGACUAUCUUCAGUAAAAAACUGAAGAAAGGUCUGUGACAGUCCGCCCGCGUAGUCGCGUGCAGGACCGCCUAUUCGUGCACCCUUCUAUCCGCCUCACGCUCCCUGUCAAUCGGUAGCUUCAACAGUGCGAGACUUGGCACCAGCAAGGUGAGAGGUCGAGGAUAAUUGACGCUGCGUCCUCGAUUGCUCGGCUGGGUAAGAUCGCAGUUCGUAACCUGACAUUUAAGUCAACAUUGUUUACGUACUUGUCUGUUAUCAGUAGGUGUGUUUAAACUAAGUUACACAGUUCUCCCGCGUCGGUCAGGCUGGGGUGUAACGCAUUUGGCCUCGCUUUCGGGAGCGUUGUUCGUUGUCUUACCAUUGCCAUACCCCCUGCAUAUACUUACAGCUUACUUAAAGCUUGUUCCAUCUAAUCUGUAUUCCCUGACUUUUGAUUUUGGGACCUUCGUGUUGUCAACUAUAAUACUGCGACGAUCGACGACUCCUGAAGAAUGCUACUCUUCCUUCUUCUCAAUACCCUAUUAUAGUCAAGCAUUGACGAUGAACAAUCUUCCACCAGAAUUUCAGCAUAUUUUGACACGCGUUUCUGGUUUCUUUUCGGCUAUCCAACUUACGCAGAUGAUCGGACGGCUUAUGGAAGUGCACACCCUCGCCGAACCGUCACUGCCAGUGUUCUCAACUUAA